AUGUAUUCUCUACCGACUCCAACACUGCACCUACGCGCUGCCAGUGCUUCCAGUCCUGUGCCAUCCUGCAUCACUGCCGUCCCCGAGAAGAACGGCUACGUUCCCCCGGAGGCAUGCAACGCCAACUAUGGCUUCUAUCCAAAGUGGGAAGACAACUGCGCUUUUGCCGUCUUCUUCGGGCUGACUGCCGCAGCGCACUUGGCGCAGGCUGUCCUCUACAAGAAGAAGUUCUGCUGGGUUAUCAUCAUGGGCGCAUUGUGGGAGUGCAUCUGUUUUGUUCUGCGAACCCUAGGCGCGCGAGAUCAGCAAAACUCCGACUAUGUCAUGCUGUCAACGCUCUUAUUCCUGCUCGCACCACUGUGGAUCAACGCAUUCAUCUACAUGGUCGUAUCCCGACUCGUCUACUUUCUCGACAGCGCGAAGAAGGUUCUGCGGAUGCGAGCCACUUGGAUGGCCAAGGGCUUCGUGUCGGCCGACAUGGUGUGCUUCGCGGUCCAGGCCAUCGGCGGCGGGCUCAUGGCUGGCGGCCAGGACCACCCGAAGAGCGCCGACCUGGGCAAGAAGAUUUACAUGGCGGGAUGCGGCAUCCAGCUUGCGUGCGUCAUUGUCUUUGUGUUUGUGGUCGCGGCGUUUUACCGCGGGGUGCUGCGCGACACUCGUGCAGGCACGGCCAAGACACGCAACCGUUGGAUCCAGCCGUUAUUCUGGGUUAUCUUCCUAGUUCUGGUCCUCAUCGUUGAACGCAUCAUCUUUCGUUUGGUCGAGUUCAGCCGCGGCGCCGACAACUCCAACCCGAUGCUGCGAAAGGAGUGGUACCAGCUCUACCUCGACGGCCUGCCGAUGCUGUUUGCCCUGGCGGCCCUCAAUUUGGUGCACCCGGCGCUCGUCCUGCAGGGCGCGGACAGCGACAUGCCGGCCUCGAAGCUGCUGCGAUGCUGGCGUCGCCGAAAGUCCGAAUUUGGCCCUAUCCCGCUGCACUCGAUCGAAGACCUGCGAGAGUGA